GAAAGAAAUAACUCGAAAACGAAAACAACACACGAAAAACCAAAAUAACUACUCAAGAGGUGUUUCGGGGAGUUGGCCAUUAGACUUGACAUAAGCCAAGGCAGGCAGCACUGCGAAACGGAGGGGAAUAAACUGGCACAACAACUUUAAAAGUACAAACGGCCGAGAGGAGGAAGAGUCCAUGGAGUGCAUAGACCGGGAACAAUGGUAAAUGCCACGUCAGCAACAUCAGCAGCAGCAGCUACAACAGCAACAGCAGCAACAUCAUCAGCCAGAGCAGCAAAAACAAGUCAACGACAGCUUAAAACAUAAUACGCUAGCUGAAGGCAACAAGCGGAUAGGAAGACAGUCGACAGACAGCCAGGGAACAAAGAUAUAGGGGCGAUAUAGGGUAGAACAAAGCGACAUUGCGAAUGAUGAGGAAUCGCUGUUGCAAUUAGUAAGCCAAAGGGUUGGACGAGCCAUGAAUCACGGGCUCUGCUGCCAGCGGAAACGGAAAUGCUUGCUGCCAACGGAAACAAAAACGAAAGACGAGGAGGAGCAGGUGGCCACUAAAUGCCAUUGAACACUGAGCGAUCAUGUCCGACGUUGAGCAGGCGAUUAAGGCCAAGCAGCAGCCGUCUCAGCUGGAUGGUUCCAUCGACGAUGAGACGGAUCCCGCCGAAUUUGCAAAUGGACGACCAGGAUGCGGAUCUGAAGUGGGUGCCAGGACCACCGCCUCGCUGACCGCCAAGCCCGGAGGCAGUUUCCGGCGCUGCUGGGGCCACUUCCUCAAGCUGCUGCUCUCCACGCCCGGACUGGUGCUCCUGGUCAUCGGCUACUCCGUGCUGGGCGGCCUCAUUUUCCCGCUGCUGGAGGCGCCGCAGGACAUCAGCAAGUCAGCUGCCAUUGCCAAGAGCCGCGAGGAUUGUUUGCGUGAACUCUGGAUCAUUACAGAGAAACUGAACGUUCUGUACGAACGCAACUGGACGAUGUUGGUCCACGAGCAGCUGCGUCGCUUCGAGGGCUCCAUUGUGGCGGCCACGCGCCAAGGAUCUGGUGGCCCGUCCGGCGGAGGAGGAGCCGGCCUCUUCCACGAGGGCAGUGCCAGCGCCCUGGGCCACUUUGGCUACGAUGUGGGCGACUCCCAGAGCUGGACGUUCAGCGAGGCGCUGCUCUACUCGGUCACUGUGAUAACGACAAUUGGUCACGGCAGCCUGACGCCGCGCACCGCCGCCGGGAAGCUGGCGACCAUCUUCUACGCCCUGGUGGGCGUGCCCCUCAUGCUGAUGUGCCUGUCCAGCCUGGGAGCCCUGCUCGCCGACGCCCUGCAGUGCACCUACGUGCGACUCUGCUGCCAGCUGCAGCGGCACCAGGAGCACAGGAGGAAGUCCACUCCCGGGGCCUCGACGCCCACUGCCAGCACUGCGAUGACAACAAUGCCAGCCAGGCCGAGGGAAAAGGACAAGGAAAAGGGCUCCAGGCGACGAACGGCCAAUUGCAAGGGCUGCAAGUACGAUGCGGCCAACAGUGAGACGAGCUUAAAUGACUGCUUGGAGUACGGCCAAAAGGGAAAGCUGCCGGCAGACAAAACGGAAGGAGAUGCCUGUCAAUUGUUGCGCAACGUGAAUCCGCAGCAGAAUUUUUAUCAGCAACAGCAGCAGUUGCAGUCGCAGUUGCAGUUGCAGCAGCAGCCGCAGCAGCCGGAUGUCAUGCUAAUGACAACGACAUCGGGCAGCGCAUUGCUGAAAUACGCACCGCAGCAACAGCAACUGCAGCAGCAAUUAUCGACAGCAACUCUCCCGCGACAACACCAUCAGCUGCAGCAGCAACACCACCAGCUGCAGCAGCAGCAACUGCAGCAGAACUUCGUGGCUGUGCCCAGCAGCAUGCUGCGAAUGCCGCUGACAGUGCCGCCCAAUUGUUAUGCGCCCGCGACUGCCACGAUUUACUUCCCGUUCGGCACCGCCCCCUCCGCCCCCGGCAGUCCCGCCCACACCCAAUCCCACCCGACUUCCAGCCCGAAUCCCAAUCUCAAUCCCAAUGCGUUGGCGAAUACUGCAAUGAGUCAACAGCCGCUGGUCAAGUAUCACACGAUACACUUGCAACCCGCAUCCGGGAAGCAUCGAGUGUUGGCUUCUGGGCUUCAGGACGUAGCAGCCGGGAAUUUCGUCACAGGAUCCGAGGCAUCCACUCUGGAGGCCAUCACAUUGCCACCGCCGCCGGCCUAUCAGACAGCGAAUGUGCACGCUGUGCGACGGGCCAAGUUCGUGACGAAACCGUUGCCACACGAGAUCAACGCGCUGAUGGACUGCGGAACAGGAUCCCCAGACUUAUCCGGCAGACAUGAUUUACAGCCACCAGCCCAUUCGGGGUCACCAGCAACAGGCACCGCAGCAGGUCCUUUGUUAACCUACACGGCCGCUGCAACAAGCCCACAGCUGUCGGCUGGAAUUAAAGGAGGAGCAGGAGCAGCUCCCACAGCAGGAGCAACAAUGGUUGCCGGAGGAGGCAGAGGUGGAGCCACUCAGCCCGAUAACAGUUUUAUGGCCGCAGGUGUUUGUGGCAUGGGUGGUGGUGCUCCGCCCCCAGCAGCAACAUCAUCCACUACAGCAGCAUCCUCGGCAGCAGCAACAUUGUCAGCUCUUCUAAGCGCCAACUCCACGGCCAACGUCGACAUCAUGGAGGACGAGGACGAGCAAGAACGGGAGCGAUUGAGCAACUGCCCGCACGGAACGCCGUCGCGAGUGCCGCUGAUAGCGAGUCCUUUAAGCGUGCCGCAGGACAGGUCGCAGGGUGAGAAUGCCCCCCGCACCGCCGCCUUCAACCGCCACACGUUGCAGCCGCUGAGCCGCAAGACGCUGCUGCUGACGCGUCGCUGCCACAGACACGCCUCCGGAGCCCUGUACGACAGCACCGCCAACAACACGGAGACCUCCGACGACGAGGAGUACAUGCAGCACGGCAGCGAGCAGUUUGUGCUGAAGAGGCUGCGCUACCACUGCGACUCGGAGGACUGCCGCGGGGCGGAGGAGGACUCCGAGGACGAGGACGAGGGGGCGGAGGGUCGGCAGGUGCCCAUCAGCCUGGUGCUGCUCAUCCUGGCCUGCUACAUCUGCGUGGGCACCGUGAUCUUCGCCCUGUGGGAGAACUGGUCGCUGGUGGACGGCGCCUACUUCUGCUUCGUGACCCUCUCGACCAUCGGCUACGGGGACUUCGUGCCCGCCCGGAGCUUCAAUGGACCGGAGCUGCAGCUGUACGCCUGCUGCGCCUACUUGCUCCUCGGACUCGUCCUGGUCGCCAUGUCCUUCAGCAUCCUCGAGACGCAGCUCAUGUGGAAGUGCAAACGCAUUGCCGUGCGACUGAAGCUGGCCCGCACGGAUGGCUAAUAAUGCUCUUAUCCUCGGCCCCCUUCAACAAUCUGCAUUCUGCAAUCGAAAUGCUCGAAUCUUAGACUAGGUGUAUUGUGUAAUUAACCCAAACUAGCCCAUCUCUGUGUACAUUUGUCUGCCUAGCGAAAUAAUGAGAACUCGUAUGUUGUCUGGAAUUCAAGUGAAUUUGUGUAAAUAAACGGAAUUUUUGGAAUUUUCGAA